AUGCAGUUCACUACAGUAGUCCUUUCCGCCUUGAGCGUCGUCGGUGCCCUUGCGCAAUCCACCUCAUCCACAGCAGCAUCAGCAUCCUCAACAGGCACGCCUUCAGGAAUGGUCACAGUCCACGUCGUCCGUGUAGGAGGAACAAACGGCUCCCUCGAGUUCUCGCCGAACGACAUCAAAGCCGCGGUUGGAGACAUGGUCCAAUUCCAGUUCACACCAAAGAACCACUCCGUCGUCACCUCCGCCUUCGACACCCCAUGUUCGCCAAAGGGAGAUAUGUUCUCGGGAUACAUGCCAGUGGCAGCUAAUGCGACCAACACACCUACAUACACCAUGAUGGUGCAAGACACAAAACCAAUCUGGUUAUACUGCUCCCAAGGAAAGCAUUGCCAGAGUGGUAUGGUCAUGGUCAUCAACGCUGCCGCAACCGGUGAAAAGACCCUCGCAGCCUAUAAAGCCCUCGCCGCAAAGGCAACCUCCAACACCGCUCCAAGUGGCCCAAUCAGCGGCUCCGGCAGCAACACCACCACUCCAUCGGGUGGUAACACCGGCACUGGAUCUGGUACUGGAUCAGGAACCGGAACCGGUUCAAGCUCAGGCACUGGAUCCACCGAAGGGUCUGCAUCAGGAACUGGAGCCGUCCCAUCAAGCACCGGUACCAGCCCAGCCCAGACCACCGCCAACAGCGCCAUCAUCGUGCGUGCCAGCGCCAGCUUCAGUCUCGUCGCCAUCGUUGCUGCGUUCUUCCUAUAG